AUGUCUGCUGCAGUUGAAAAGGAGCGUAAGAAGGCCGAGAAACUGGCGAAAUUCCAGGAAAAACAGUCCAAAAAACAAGCUGCGCCUGCCGAUGCUGCACCCAAGGCAGCAAAGAAGGAGAAAGUCAAAAAACCCACCGCCGUCGAUGCCUACGAACCGCAAAAGAUCGAAGCCGGCCGGUACGAAUGGUGGGAAAGCAGGGGCUACUUCAAACCUCAGUUCACCGAAGAUGGCAAGAUCAAGCCGGAAGGGAAAUUCGUCAUCCCAAUUCCUCCGCCCAACGUGACCGGGUCCCUCCACAUGGGUCACGCCCUGACCAACGCUCUCCAGGAUACGAUGAUCAGACACGCUAGGAUGAAGGGGAAAACGACAGCUUGGAUCCCUGGCUGUGAUCACGCUGGUAUUGCCACACAAAGUGUGGUAGAACGAUUGCUGCUGAAGACGGAAGGGAAGACACGGCACGACAUCGGACGAGAAGCUUUAUUGGAGAAGAUAUGGAGCUGGAAAGACAAGUAUCAUGCCAACAUCACGAGGCAGCUCAAGCGAUUGGGUGGUUCGAUGGAUUGGUCCCGAGAAGCGUUCACCAUGGAUGAGAACCUCUCUCUCGCCGUCCGUAAAACCUUCAUUGACUUGUUCGAUGAAGGCAUCAUCUACAGGGCCAACCGCCUCGUGAACUGGUGUUCUGCUCUUAGCACCUCCCUAUCAAACCUGGAAGUUGACAACAAGGAACUCAAAGGUCGGACGAAGCUGAAGGUGCCAGGCUACGACAAGAUGGUGGAGUUUGGUGUGCUUACCUACUUCAAAUAUCCCAUCAGCAAGGGGGACGACUCACACCGAUCAUCAACCUCUCCGGACCGGUUCAAAGGAUAUGAUUUCAUUGAAAUUGCGACCACUCGACCGGAAACCAUGUUCGGUGAUACCGGCAUUGCUGUGCACCCUGACGACAACAGAUACAAGCACCUUGUUGGGAAAACCGCCAUUCAUCCUUUCAUUCCCGAUCGGGAGAUUGUCAUCUUUGCCGACGAGGAGGUGGAGAUGGACUUUGGUACGGGCGCCGUUAAAAUCACACCUGCGCACGACCCCAGCGAUUUUAUCAAAGGCAAGAAGCACAAUCUGGAAUUCAUCAACAUUAUGAACGAUGACGGGACAUUGAACGCAAACGCGGGACCUUUUGCUGGGCAGAAACGGUUCGAUGCUCGUUACGCCGUAAUCGAGGCCCUCAAAGAACUCGGCCUGUAUACAAAGCAAGAGGAGAACCCGAUGACGAUACCCAUAUGUCAACGGAGCAAAGAUGUCAUUGAACCGGUGCUAAAGCCCCAGUGGUGGAUGAGGAUGACCGAUCUAGCCAAAGCUGCCGACGACGCCGUGCUUGAGGGACGAAUUCUGAUCAAACCUGAGACCGAGUCUCGACGAUUUCAUUUCUGGAUGCAGAACAUUCAGGACUGGUGCAUUUCUCGCCAAUUGUGGUGGGGUCACCGUGCACCGGCAUAUUUCAUCCAGCUUGAGGGCGAGGAAAGCGAUGAAGCCGACGAUCGAUACUGGGUUUGCGGCGAGAAUGAGGAAGAAGCACGUGCGAAGGCGGAAAAGAAGUUUCCGGGCAAGCAAUUCACACUGAAAUGGGAUGAAGACGUGCUUGACACGUGGUUUUCCUCCGGCCUGUGGCCCUUUUCCACCCUCGGAUGGCCCAAAGAUACCCACGACAUGCGGACGUUAUAUCCCACUUCCAUGCUCGAGACUGGUUGGGAUAUCCUCUUCUUCUGGGUGGCACGAAUGAUCAUGCUGGGUUUGAAGUUGACUGGCGAGGUGCCUUUCACCGAGGUAUACUGCCAUUCUCUCAUCCGAGACGCCGAAGGUCGCAAGAUGUCCAAAUCGCUCGGAAACGUGGUGGAUCCCGUGGACAUCAUCCAAGGCAUCUCUCUUGAGGAUCUUCACAAGACACUGUACGCUGGAAACCUUGACCCUGCUGAGGUCGAGCGGGCCAAAGCGUACCAGAAGUCGGCGUUCCCGAAGGGCAUCGAGGAAUGCGGUGCGGAUGCUUUGCGGUUCACGCUUGUGAACUACACCACAGGAGGCGGCGACAUCGCCUUUGACAUCCGGGAAAUUGAAGCCAAGCGGAGGUUCUGCAACAAGAUUUACCAAGCCACCAACUUUGCCCUCGGACGGCUGGGUGAAGGGUUCAUUCCCGACUCCGGUAUAACGGAUAACCAGCCCAAAACUCUGGCAGAGGCAUGGAUUCUCCACAGGCUGAAUGCUGCCGCUAAACAAGUCAAUGAGGCCAUUGAGGGACGUGAGUUUUCCGUGGCUGCCGGUACACUCUAUCAAUAUUGGUUCACCCAACUUUGCGACACAUUCAUCGAAAACUCCAAGUACAUCCUCACGCCGGAAGCGCCCGAAGAUGAGAGAGAUUCGGCUCAACAGACAUUGUACACCGCCCUGGAAGGUGGCUUGCUCCUCUUACAUCCUCUAAUGCCUUUCUUGACAGAACACUUGUGGCAGAAACUACCCCGUCGCAAGGGUGAUACCACAGAGAGUAUCAUGGUGGCCAAGUAUCCCGAAUACAAUGAGAAGCUCGACGCGCCGCAGGAAGCCGCAAAGUACGAGUUCAUCAUGGCCAUUUCUACCGGUGUGCGAAGCUUGCUGUCCCAGUACGGGUUCAAAGAACCGGGUGACAUUGUCAUCCAGACAUACUCGGAAUCCGCCUUCCACACUGUCUCCGAUGAACGCACAUCCAUCAAGUCUCUGGGCGGCAAGUACGCUGGGGAGAUUGAGGUCCUUCCUCCCAGCGCUGAUGCUCUUCCGCCCGCGGGAUGUGCUCUGCAGAACAUCAACGCCGAUGCUGCUGUGUACCUGAAGAUUGUCGGCCGAGUUGACCUUGCGGAGGAACUGAAAAAGCAAGCGAAGGCGAUUGAGGAUGCGAAAUCCAAAGCGGAGAAGAGCAGAAAGAUCAUGAAUAGCGCUGGAUGGGAGAAGGCAGGUCCCGAGACCAGGCAAAAGGAAGAGGCGAAACUACAUAAUGCCGAGAGCGAGGUCAAGAGACUGGAAGAGGCUGUCAAAGACCUGGAGAGAUUGAAGUUGGAGGGCUAA